CCUCUCUGACGCACCGUACUAGUAGCUGUACUGUGUGACGCAUGCGUGUUACAGGCGCGUCUGUCAGGUUGCAGUACGAGCAGUGAGAUGGACAGCGGGGAAGCUCACGCCCAGCGGCCGGUCUCCUUGGACAUCGCCGUAGAGGAUGUAAACCAGGAAGUAUCGGCUCCGGCCCCUCCUGAGGCGACCACAGGUCAGACUCCGCCCACAGACGGUGGUCUGCCCCAGGAGGACAGCAUCGAUCUAGGUCGGGACUUUGCCACACCACAGGAGGACAGCAGCGCCACGCCCUCAGAGAGCCUCAUGGACAAGCUCAACGACCAGAUGAUGGAGAGCGUCAUGAUUUCUGAUUCGCCCAAUAACAGCGAGGAGGAUGACGUGGUGCCUAUCGAUUCCCUCCUGGAUGGAGGCGAGGAGGAGGAGGAGGAGGAGGAGGAGAACGCGGUGGAGGGAAACCAAGAGGAGCAGAGCGAGAUCGGACAGAAUACGACUGAGAUUAAAGUUUCGGUGGAGGAGCAGGAGGACGGAGGCUCGCAGGAAAAACCAGAGGAAGUGGCGACCAGCGCCGUUUCCCCGGGUGACGUGAAGAGUCUGUCUGACAGUCGCAGUGAGGAAACGGCGCCGGAGAUCACCAGAGCAACCAAACCAAAGGACGAGCCUGUCCCCGUAUGCACCAUAUUCAGCCAGGGCACCCAGCCCAAGUCUUUAGUGCCCGACGGCUUCCAGCCCACCCUCAUCAAGUCGCCCAGCUUCAGCAUGGGCGGCGGCGAAGACACCGUGACGCCCAGUAAGAUGGCGGGGGCGCUUGUGUGCCAGCCCAGCCCGAGCCUCAGCAAGUUCUUCACAGAUAACGGACAGACCAACCCGGCGUCCGACUUUUUCGACUCCUUUACCGCCCCCUCCUCCUUCAUCUCCGUGUCCAACCCCAAUGCUGAGAUCCCUCCAGGCUCCGCCGAAGCACCCGAGCACAAGCUCUCAUCCACCUCCUCCUCUGUCUCUACCCCCGGAGGGAUCCUGGACUCUGGCGCUCCCACACCGAGCUCAGCGUUCGCCCCUGCUGAACCAUCCCCCAAGCUCCAGCCACCCACACCUCAAACAGCCUCGGCUCCAGGCUCCGCCCCCACCUCAGCUCCAGCUGUCCCACCACAGCCCUUCAACCAGCUGUUUUCAGGCAGCGACGACGCGUUUGCGACGGCGCUGAGCCUGAACGAGGCAGACAGGCGCCACGAUGCCUGGCUGCCGUGCGAGGAGACCAGGAAGGUGCUAAUCUCCGUAGCAACGCAGCAGUACGGCCCCGCCUACUUGGAGAGCAGCAGACUGACCAUGCCAGGACUCAAGUUUGACAACCUGCAGGGCGACGCCGUCAAGGACCUAAUGCUUCGUUUUCUGGGAGAGGCGGCGGCCGCGAAGCGUCAGGUCCUCACAGCCAACUUCGUGGAUCAGUCCUUCAACGGCCUCAAACAGCUGAUUAGCAGUAAGAACUGGCGCGCCGCGGUGGAUCUGACGGCCCGGAUGCUGACGGCUCACGGUCAGGGAUACGGCAAGGCCGGCCAGCCGACCUCCCACACCACCGACUCGCUGCAGCUCUGGUUUGUGCGGCUUGCUCUGCUCACCAAGCUGGGCCUUUUCCAAAAUGCCGAGCUGGAGUUUGAACCCUUCGGCAACCUGGAUCAGCCGGACCUCUACUACGAGUACUACCCCACUGUGUACCCAGGCAGGAAAGGCUCCAUGGUGCCGUUCUCCAUGCGGCUGCUGCACGCCGAGCUCCCACAGUACCUGGCUAAGCCCCAGGAGGCCCUGGACCGCCUGCACCACCUCAAAACCGUCUGCCUCACCGUUAGUGCUAACACACACACACACACACACACACACACACACAAACGUGCUCAUGAGCAGCACGCCGCCUCCGCAGGUCGUUUCCAGCACACGCCCUCCCCCCCUCCCCUCUCUGACCCCUCUGUUGCCCGCUCAGCGCUCCAGUCGCCACCUCUGCUCUUUCUUUACCCUGCUCGCCCUCCACCUGUCUCCGCCACCCACCACUCCCCUCCGUCACUCUGUGUCCUCUGUUCUGUCUGUCCUCAGGACUACGUUCUGGCUGUGGACACCUAUCACUCCAUCAUCCAGUACCAACCCCAGCAGAGAGCGCAGCUGCUCAGCGGCAUCGGACGCAUCUUCCUACAGAUCGGAGACGUUAAAACUGCAGAGCGAUACUUCCAGGACGUGGAGAAGUGCGGCCCGGUGAAAGGCAGCCAGCAGGCUCUCGCCACAUGCGUGUUAAUGAACAGGGCUUUCGUCCACCUCAGUCAGAACAACUACACCGAAGCACACGCCUCCUUCAUCGAAGUGCUAAAGAUCGACCCAAAGAACCCCGUGGCCAACAACAACGCGGCGGUGUGCCUGCUCUACCUGGGCCGCCUGAAGGAGUCGCUGGGCCAGCUGGAGGGCCUGGUGCAGCAGGACCCGGCGCAGUACCUGCACGAGAGCGUCCUCUUCAACCUGACCACCAUGUACGAGCUGGAGUCGUCCCGCAGCACGCAGAAGAAGCAGGCGCUGCUGGAGGCCGUCGCCUGCCGGGAGGGCGACAGCUUCAACACGCAGUGCCUCAAGCUGGUCUGAGAGGAGGAGCAGCUUAGUUUGACCUCCCAGACACAAAACAGCGAGUUUUAUUGUCACUAAACAGAUGAAGGGCACCCAAUCAUCAUCAUCCUCACAAUAACCCACAGGAGCAAAGCCUGCAGCAGCGUCCUCCAGCGCCGCACAACCGCAACCCGAAAAUCGUGUCCUCACGCCCUCCCUCUGACUGCUGAAUCACACCAGAGCCAGUCUGCGUCUCCAGGUUCAACUCACAGCUGUUCAAAAACAACAGAUCUGAGCUGCAGGAAGGAAGCUCGCUGGUUUCCAUUUGUAGUCCAUUUAACUGGACUACAAACUGGCCAACCAUGUUUGAGUCGAGGGUUAAAGAGGGAACAAAUUUACUGAAGCACAGACAGCAGAGACCCGCUCUUUUAUUAGUCGGGGCAGGAAGAAUUUUCAAAAUAAAAGCCCCAGUGCAGAGCAAAGUCCAGGAUAAAAGCCCACAUCGGUGUUUCCCUGGUCAGACGGCAGGACGGCUUCAUGUUUCACACAUUUUAACUUAAACUGGGUCCAGUUUAAUUCAGUUUCAUCCCAGCUCGCCUUUUAAUUUGUAGUAAAGUCUCAGCCCACUUUGUGUUUUGGAAGGAACAGACGGGACGCUGGAGGCGGGAUGUCAGAGACUCCGGUGGGCAUUAUCCUGAUUAUCUGCAGACCGGACAGCUUCAGUGACUCGGCCCGCUUGUGUUCAACAUAUCAGCAGCAGGGUUUCCUUUGAGUUCACCAGGAAUUAUUAUAUUUAAGUGAUUUGUGUUUACUUUCUGUGCUGAUCAUAUUUAUGUAAAUGAAAUAAAAUGUGGUUUUAAGUGAAA